CGGCGCGGGCACGACCACGGCGCGGGCACCGGCUCCGGGAGCGGCAUCAUGAGCGGACCACAGACCAAUGACAAAAGACAAUUUCUGCUGGAGCGAUUGCUGGAUGCUGUGAAACAGUGUCAGAUUCGCUUUGGAGGAAGAAAGGAAAUCGCCUCUGAUUCUGACAGCAGGGUGACCUGUCUAUGUGCCCAGUUUGAAGCUGUCCUGCAGCAUGGCUUGAAGAGGAGUCGAGGGCUAGCACUCACAGCGGCCGCCAUCAAACAGGCAGCGGGCUUUGCCAGCAAGACUGAGACAGAGCCUGUGUUCUGGUUCUACGUGAAGGAGGUCCUCAACAAGCACGAGUUGCAGCGCUUCUCCUCCCUGCGCCACAUUGCCUCGGAUGUGGGCCGGGGCCGUGCCUGGCUGCGCUGUGCCCUCAAUGAGCACUCACUGGAGCGCUACCUGCACAUGCUCCUGGCUGACCGUGGCAGGCUCAGCACUUUUUAUGAAGACUGGUCUUUCGUGAUGGAUGAAGAGAGGUCUAGCAUGCUUCCUACCAUGGCAGCUGGUCUCAACUCCAUACUCUUUGCCAUUAACAUCGACAACAAGGAUUUAAACGGGCAGAGUAAGUUCGCUCCCACCGUGUCGGACCUCCUGAAAGAAUCCACGCAGAAUGUGACGUCCUUGCUGAAGGAGUCCACGCAGGGAGUGAGCAGCCUCCUCAGGGAGAUCACGGCCUCCUCUGCUGUCUCCAUCCUCAUCAGACCGGAGCAGGAAAGUGACCCCCUGCCCGUCGUGUCCAGGAGUGUCAGUGGCGAUGCCAGAUGUAAAAAGGAGCGGAAGAAGAAAAAGAAGGUGACCAACAUUAUCUCAUUUGAUGAUGAGGAAGAUGAGCAGAACUCUGGGGAUGUUUUCAAAAAGAUACCCGGGGCAGGGGAGAGCUCGGAGGAGAACUCUGACCGCUCCUCAGUCAAUAUCAUGUCGGCCUUUGAAAGCCCCUUUGGGCCAAAUUCCAAUGGAAGCCAGAGCAGUAACUCAUGGAAAAUUGAUUCUAUGUCUUUGAAUGGGGAGUUUGGGUACCAGAAGCUCGAUGUGAAAAGCAUUGAUGAUGAAGAUGUGGAUGAAAAUGAGGAUGACGGAUAUGGGAACUCGGCAGGAAGGAAGCACAUGGGCUGCUCGGAGUCCCCAGACAAGCCACUGGACGGGAACAGCUGCCUCUCCCAGGUGCACAGCUGGGCUCCGCUGCAGGUGCUGCACGGCGAUGCGGACGUCCUGUUCCCCGUCAGCAUCAGCCAAGUGGGCUCAUAUGGCACAGCAGAUGCCCCAGUGGGAAGCCUGGAGAACGGGACAGGACCAGAGGCUCAUGCUGUGCCAGAGAGUGGACUGCGGUACGGCGUGGAAGCCAGGUCUCCAGGACAGGGAAGUCCUCUGGGCAGCCUGCUCCCCUCUGCUUCGGUGCCGGAGUCCAUGACAGUCAGUGAACUGCGCCAAGCCAUCGUGGCCAUGAUGAAUAGGAAGGAUGAGCUGGAAGAAGAGAACAGGUCACUGCGGAACCUGCUUGACGGCGAGAUGGAGCACUCGGCUGCCCUUCGGCAAGAGGUGGACACACUGAAAAGGAAGGUGGCUGAGCAGGAGGAGCGGCAUACUGUAAAGGUCCAGGCGCUGGCAAGAGAAAAUGAAGUGCUCAAAGUCCAGCUGAAGAAAUAUGUUGGAGCUGUCCAGAUGCUGAAAAGAGAAGGCCAAACAGCUGAAGUUGUGCCAAAUCUUUGGAAUGUUGAUGGAGAAGUUCCUGUCCCAGAACAAAAGCCGGGUGAAGUGGCCGAAGAGCUAGCUAGUUCCUAUGAAAGAAAGCUCAUCGAGGUGGCAGAGAUGCAUGGAGAGCUGAUCGAGUUCAACGAGCGCCUGCACAGGGCCCUGGUGGCCAAGGAAGCCCUGGUGUCACAGAUGAGACAAGAGCUCAUCGACCUCCGGGGACCGGUACCUGGAGAUCUGAGCCAAACAUCCGAAGACCAGAGUUUGUCAGAUUUUGAAAUAUCCAACCGGGCACUGAUCAAUGUCUGGAUCCCAUCUGUGUUUCUCCGUGGCAAAGCAGCGAAUGCAUUCCACGUGUAUCAGGUGUACAUCCGGAUAAAGGACGAUGAGUGGAAUGUCUACCGGCGGUACACGGAGUUCCGGAGCUUGCACCACAGGCUGCAGAGCACAUUCCCCCAGGUGCGGGCCUACACCUUCCCACCCAAGAAGGCCAUCGGGAAUAAGGACGCCAAGUUCGUGGAGGAGCGGCGGAAGCAGCUGCAGAGUUACCUGCGCAGCGUCAUGAACAAGGUCAUCCAGAUGGUGCCCGAGUUCGCCGCCAGCCCCAAGAAAGAGACGCUUGUGCAGCUGAUGCCCUUCUUCGUGGACGUCGCCCCUCCAGGAGAGCCACUGAGCAAGAGCAGCCGCCCCAAAGCGGCCUCCCGCUUCUCCAGGCUGUCCCGGGGGGGCCCCCGGGAGCUGCGCAACGUGGAGCCCCAGAGCGGCGACCUCUGACCUCAAGGCAUCCCAGACCUGGCCACAGGGUCGCGCGUGGCUGUGGCCACUGGCCCCGUGCCGUGGCACCGCAAGCACAGCUCCCCCGCCACCACAGGCCACGAAUAAACCAUCCCUCCGCCGCCAGGCCCUGUCCUUGCCACGCGGGCACAAGGGCCUGGAUCUCCAGCGCAGUUGGCAGUGGGGUGGGUGCCCCGCAGGGCUUGGAGUCCGUGGGCAAGAUUCACAACCCCAUGAUUUCCUAGCGCACAAGCAUUCUCGUGGGCAUCAGCGUGACCACGGGCCUGUAGACGUGUUUUCACACGUGGCCGGCGGGUCCUCUCCACAGUCCUCCCCGCCGGGUGCCCUGGCCAUCAGUGCGGCCAGCUGGUCCCGGAGAGCCCUGCCUCCGCGCGGCUGGCUGGGGAUGCCCUGGGGUCGUGGCCAUGGCCUCCACUCGGGAGAGAAGUGGCCGUGGGGGCCACCGUGGCUGCAGGUAUCUGCGUGGCUGGCCGUGGGAACUGCCGUGGAAGGCUCCAGGCACCUCCCCCCAGCUCCACGUGGGAGAUCAUGAUGGUCCCUAAAGACUUGCUCGGGCACUGUCCACCCUGAGCCCUGUGUCCCCUGAGACUUUCUCCUUGCUCCCUCCCACCACCCAGAGACGCAGCGUGGGCCACUGCAUGACAGCACGCUGCUCCCGCGUAUGGCCUCCCGCGUCAUGGCCGGAGCCGUCACGGGUGCUGCCAGAAUCAUGGAUUCCCCAGUCCUGCCCAUCAGAAGCUCAGCAGUGGGGAGGAACUUGCUAAGAGGACUGUGAAAGAAUUGGGGUGCAGCUGCUUUGGGGACAGGGAACAAGCCAGAAGACUAGAGACUUGUUUGGGAACAGAGAACCCCCUCAAUCCUGAAAGAACAUGCCCCUCCCGUCAGCCACAGCGACUGCCCCCCGCCACGCGAGCCCUGGGGGCCCCGAGCUGGUGGCUCCGCACGCCUGCCUGGUGACUGACGCGGGGUGCCGGGCGCUGCAGUGGACUGCAGCCGGCUGGACAUGGGGGGCGUGGGGCCCCUGACCGGGCCCGUGGACCUGUGCCGGCCUCUCCGCCUGCCAUGGCGUCCCAGCCCUGGCCAUGUGGCAGCUGCCGGUCUCCUGGAUCCACCUGGACAACGUGUGCACCUGGGGGCUGGUCAUGGCGGCUCAGGCUCUUCCACCUCUGCAGCCCUCCCCGCGCCCAUCAUCCCCGCCACCCAGAGACACAGCUGCCCCUCACCCCAGCCCGGACCUCCUGCCGCCGCCGCCUCCAGCCCUCAGCCCCGCGGACGGAGCAGGCGCCGCCUCAGCAAGGCCUCACCCCAGGCCGCCCCAUGAGGGCAGCUCGGGCGGGCUCCGCGCCACGUCUGCACGGCUCUAGCACUGUGUAUCUAAUCUUCCAGUUCUGUGCCAAAAAGUCCACAUCCCUGCUUCCUCACCACGCCCGCCACAGUGCCCCAAGCCAUAGGAAGGGGCCGGGCAGCGGGCUCCAGCCCUGGGAGACUCACCCUGCUUCAUGCUGGCCCUGCGCCCCGGCCGGGCAGCGCUCUGCCCCUUCAUCCCACCCAACCCCAAUGGCUUCCAGGCACCCAGAGGCUCUGUGAAAAGUAAAAAGCAAACUGGGAAAGACCUGAGUGGCACCACUGGUAGAAGGUUCUGGGACCACCAGGUUCUGAGGCUGGGUCUGAUCCAUGGGUCCUAUGUCUCCCUGUCCUGCUCCCCCACACCACCCCCACACCCCACCCACUGGGGCCACCUCGUCCCCUCAUAGUUGCCACCAGAGUUGCUAAGCCCUAGAGCGUGGGGUCCCCAGGAGAAAGGGGGCUCCCUGGCUUUUGUCUUCUCUAAGCCACCACAGCGGGGAGCAGGCGGGCGUCACAGAGGCCACCGCCACCAGUCUGCCACCACGGGGCGCCUGGCACCCGACCGCCCUCCGUUAAGGUUUACACACUAGAAUUUUUAAACAAAUGUUUAAUUUUCUAAAAUCUCUUGUAUUAAAACUUUCUUUUGAAUAAGCUGUGGUAAUUUUGUUACAGUCUGGCAGAGCCUAACCUCUUUCCAGCGAGGACAUAAAACGCAGACAUUUUAUAGA